AUGGUGGAUUAUUAUGCAGUCCUUGGACUAAACAGAAGUGCUUCGCAGGAUGAUGUUAAGAAAUCCUACCACCAAUUAGCACUAAAAUGGCAUCCUGACAAGAAUCCUAGCAACAAGUUGAAUGCUGAAAAGAAAUUCAAAGAAAUUGCUGAGGCAUACACAAUUUUGUCUGACCCCCAGAAACGACUGGACUAUGACAGGUCUGUUCAGGAGAGCCCUGCUUCCUUCUAUGUAUUCCAUGAGGUCUUUGACGGGAUGGAAGUUCGUGUACAUUUUUUCUAUGACCACUUUGCCAACAUGCAAAACCUGUACUGGAGAAGGGAAAGAAGCUCCCAGCUGCCUCCUGACUUUAUGGAGCCAUUCACACCAUGGAAUUUGUUCAGCCCCAGUGAGCAGUUCGCCUCUUCCUUUGCUGAGGAUAUAUCUGGGUCAUACGAUGUCAGAUCAGUGUCAACCUCUACUGAAGAGAUCAAUGGCAAGAAGAUCACCAUCCAGAAAAUCAUUGAGAAUGGGCAAGAGAGAAUGGAAUUAGAAGAAGAUGGCCAGCUGAGGUCUGCAACAGUAAAUGGCAUAGACCACCUGAAAUGA